UGACAAGGUUGUUAUUUUUUUUAUAAACUACAUGUCGCGGUACCCAAACGUUGGUAACGCUUCUUCUACAACUUAUUCUACUUCAACUACUUCUAUACCACAACCACCUUUGACUACUAUAUUAUCUUCGCGUUUACGACACGAACGAGAAGAACAUCAACUAACUGUUACUUACCAGUCACCGCGUUCAAAUAUGAAUACACUUCCAACUUUACCUCCCAUCAGUACUCUUUCUUAUGAUAAUUUUGGAUAUAAAAGUCCUUCAAGUGAACAAUAUCGUAACUCUCCUUCAACUCCUUACUCUGCUUCUUCUUCAACGUCCUCAUUCACUUAUUUACCUUCACCUCUUCCUCAACCAUCAACUCCUACUCAAAAUCCUCCAUCACAACCUCCUCUUUCACAACCUUCAUAUUAUCAACAUCAACAACAGCAGAGAUCUCCACAAACUACUUAUUAUUCUCAACCUGCUUAUUCUUCUUAUUCACAAUAUCCACAACAAAAUUCUCCGGGUGCACAACCGUCCCCACGUAGAACUACACAACAACUUCAACAAAAUUAUUCAUCACAACAACAACCAUCCCCGAUAUAUAGUUUACAAUCAUCAUCAACACAUCAACCAUCAUCAACACAACAAUCUCAUACUCCGAUACGUCCAUUUCAAAGAAGUCACACAACACAAAAUGUUAUAUCCGAACCUUUUGUAACUGUCACGCCCGAGCUAAAUAAUAGACCUCCUAGACGAAGACGACGUCCCCCAUUUUCUUAUUCAUCACUUAUCGCUCAGGCCAUUUUAGAUUCACCGGACAAACGAUUAACACUACGUGAAGUUUAUCAAUGGAUAAUGGAAAGAUAUCCCCAAUUGUACAAAGCGGAUGAUACCGGUUGGCAGAACACAAUUCGUCAUAAUCUUUCAUUGAACAAGUGUUUUAAAAAGGUACCUCGUUCAGAUACCGAAUUAGGUCAUUCAACGUCAUCAUCUGCAGCGAGCAAGGGUAAAGGAGGUUAUUGGACUAUUGACCCGGAAUAUAUGUCUGCUUAUCAUGAUGGUGUAUUUGCGAGGGGUGGAGUACAAAAACGUAGACCUGGUGAAGUAGGUGUUGGUAUACAUCCAGGGAUGGGUGGACCAGGACUUGGUGAUGAUGAUAGUGGUGGUAGUGAUACUUCUCCAUCUGACAAUAAUAUGGCGGGUAGAUUGGUUGAAGUUGAAGAUGAUAGUGAAAGUACUUAUCGUCAUCAUCCUCAUCAUAUAUUAAAUCAUCAACAACAAUAUCAUUAUCCCUCUCAUAAUGGAAAUAAUGGAGAACGAAUACCUUUAACAUUAACGGUUCCCUCUCCAGUGUCUGUUUCCUCUUCUACGUCUUUAAUGACACCUCCUUUAUCAUCGAGUUUAACCCAAAAAAAAUUUUAUGUUCCGAAAAGACAUUCAUCUGAACCAAAUUUUACAAAUUUAACUUCUCCUUCACCUUCAAAUUAUGCUUCAAGUGUGAAUGUGAAUGCAAGCGGGUCAAAUUCUGGAAGAUGUGAUGUAUUCAAUAUAACUGAUACAACAGAUGUAAGUAAUCCUUCGUCGGAUCAUUCCAAUUUACAUAUAGAUAUAUCACCUUAUCCUGUUGAAUCGAGAAGUAGUGGACCAGGUUCUGAAUGGAAUAUAAGUAGUGAUUCAUCAAUUAAAAGAGAAAUUAAAAUGGAGUAUUAUUAUAAUGAACAUCCAGCAAUUAGUGAUAUUCAUUCGACUAAUUCGUCAGUGGCUGGUUCAAUGAAGAUCCGUAAUUUACUGAAUUAAUAAUAGAUUUACGACAUAUAAUUGUAUGUACAUACUAAAUUUUUUAUUUUCAUGUUAAUUCGCCACCAUAAAUCGUUUCGGUUCACUUUUUCGAAAAUUAAAAUUUAUUCAAAGACUAUUUUAUCAAAUUAUUAAUUGUUUUAAUCAUCAACCUUUCGUUA